AAUGUUUUCUAUUCAGAGCAUCCAAAGCUUCAUCAUGGCUUUAGAGCUGCUGUUCUUCAUUCUCCUAAAUUUGUCUUAUGAAGCCAGAGCUCUUCCUCAACCUAAAGUAGAGGUGGAUCGACUUCUGAUCACAGAGACUGACUCGGUCACAUUAAAGUGUUCAACCUCAUAUGUUAAUGUUGAUCAGUGUGUUUUCUACAUUGAAAACAAAAAGAUGUCUGCAGCCUCCUCCUGUGUGGAAACACUGACAGGAUCUGAACUGCUGAGGAUGACAGAGAAUUUAUCAUCCGCUGAGGUCAAAGUUAAAUGUUUCUACAGUGUAAAAUAUGGAGCUUUAGAUGUUACAUCAUCAGACAGUGAAUCAACCAUCAUCUCCAUAAACAACCUUGUUCCACCUACACUGACAGUGAACCAACCGGUGAUCACAGAGACAGACUCGGUCACUUUAGACUGUCAGCCUCCAUCUUCUGUUCUUGUUACUGAGUGUCAUUUUUUAAUUGUUGGAGGAAGUCAACUUCAGAGGUUUAAUUGUCAGAAAACACUAAAAGGAGGAGAGAUCUUGUCUUUAGCAAAGCGAAGGUCACCUGCUAACUUAAACCUAACAUGUUUUUACCUUGACGGACAUCAAUCUCCAAACAGUAACUUGCUCACCAUCAUCAUACAAAUUCCUCCACCUGAGCUAAUUGUGAAUCCACAGCUCAUCACAGAGACAGACUUAGUCACACUGAACUGUGGGACUCCAUCAUCUGUUUCUGUGGAUAAAUGUUUUUUAUACUUCAUAACAUCAAAGAUAACUAAAAUCAUCUCCUGUGAGCAGCCAAUCAUUAUUAUCACCGGGUUCGGUUUGGUCGCUUCGUCCCUGGCCACCGGGGCUCUCGGACCAGCCCCGGAGCUCACGGCUCAGUUCGAAUGCCUGGUCCGUCCCAGUCAGCCGCCCAGCACAAAAACCAUAAAAAUAAUCCAUGCCUGUUGA